CAACACUGAGUGAGCUACUUGUACUUGUACAUUUUGUAUUGUUCUAUUUCUCCACAGAAGCUUUGAAAGAAGUCAUAAAGGUGGACAUGUGUGGCAUCUGGGCUGUGUUCGGCAUCGACGGCUGCUUGUCGGCUCAAUGCGUGAACGCCAUGAAGAUCGCACACCGAGGUCCCGACGCCUUCCGCUUUGAGAAUGUGGAUGGAUUCACCAACUGCUGCUUUGGCUUCCACCGUCUGGCCAUCCUGGACCGGAUGCACGGCAUGCAGCCUCUGCGUGUCAAGAGCUUCCCUUUCUUGUGGCUGUGCUACAACGGCGAGAUUUACAACCAUCUUGUGCUGAAGAAACAAUUUGAGUUUGAGUGCCAGACUGAAGUGGACGGUGAGAUUUUGCUUCAUCUUUACCAACGCUUCGGUAUUCAGAAGGCGGCGGCUCUACUGGACGGCACCUUUGCUUUCGUCCUGCUGGACACGGCCAACAGGAAAGUGUUCCUGGGGAGGGACACGUAUGGAGUGCGGCCUUUGUUUAAACUCCUGACUGACUCCGGAUUGCUUGCAGUCAGCUCUGAAGCAAAAGGUCUCACAGGUGUUAACCCUGCCAAAAUCAUCCCCUUUCUGCCGGGACACUUUGAGGUCUUUGACUUGAAGCCCAACAGCAAAGUGAAGUCGCUUCAGAUGGCGCAGUUUCACGAGUGCACAAAGCAACCCGCCCAUGCUCUGUAUGACAGCGUGGGGAGGCUGGCAACAAGCUUUGAUGAGGAAAUUGUGAAGGGCAACAUCAGAACCUUGUUUGAGAAUGCCGUGAGGAAGCGUCUCAUGGCCGACAGAAGGAUUGGCUGUCUCCUCUCAGGGGGUCUGGAUUCCAGUCUGGUUGCUGCUACGAUGGUGAAGCUGGCCAAAGAGGCUGGUCUGCAGUAUCCCAUCCAGACAUUUUCGAUCGGGUCAGCGGACAGCCCAGACAUCUUAGCUGCACGUAAGGUUGCAGCUUACAUUGGAAGCGAACACCACGAGGUGAACUUUACUGCAGAAGAUGGCAUCCAAGCGGUGGAGAAAGUCAUCGAAAGCCUUGAGACCUAUGACAUCACCACCAUACGAGCCGCAGUUGGAAUGUACUUGGUUUCUAAGUACAUCGGUGAGAAGACUGACAGCGUGGUGAUCUUCUCUGGGGAAGGCUCCGAUGAACUCACUCAAGGUUACCUUUACUUCCACAAGAGUCCAAGUGCCGAAGCAGGAGCAGAAGAAAGUGUUCGGCUGCUGAAACAACUCUACCUGUUCGAUAAUCUCCGAGCUGACCGCACCACUUCUGCACAUGGGUUGGAGCUGAGGGUGCCUUUCCUGGACCACAGACUGACCGCAUACUACCUGUCCCUGCCUCCAGAGAUGAGAACUCCAAGACAUGGCGUGGAGAAAUAUGUUCUGAGGGACUCUUUCAAAGGUGUGAAAUUGAUCCCUGAUGAGAUUCUGUGGCGCCGCAAAGAAGCUUUCAGUGAUGGUGUGAUGUCUGAGAAGAAAUCCUGGUACAUCGUCCUGGAGGAGUACCUCGAUUCUGUGGGUCCUUGAGGGUGCGGUGGAGUUUGCUCAACCAGUCUGCAUGUCUUUUGUGGAUUGGAGAAGGCAUUCAGGUGCUGAACAGAAUUAUUAGCAGGUGCAGAAGGGAUCUGGUUUGCUGGCUGCAGGGUUGGGUCUCUGCCUUUUGCAGAUGAUGUUGUCCUGCUGGCUUCAUCGGGCCGUGAUCUUCAUCUUUCACGGGAUCAGUUCCAGGCCGAGUGUGAAGCGCCUGGGAUGAGAAUCAGCACCUCCAAGUGGAAGAGUUUAAGUAGAGGUCGACAGGCGGAUUGGUGCGGCGUCUGCAGUAAUGCGGACUCUGCAUCGGUUGGUCAUGAGCUUUGGGUAGGGACUGAAAGGACAAGAUUGCAGGUACAAGUGACCGAAAUUAGUUUCCUCCGUAGGGUGGCUUCUCUUUUAAGCCUAGGUCACAACCGGUCAUACGGGCUCCUACGGUCGGUGUACAAAAACCCCCGCAAGGAACGCUUGUGAUGUGCUGGUUUUUGAGCCGUAGAUUGGCCGCAGACCAGCCACAGAGGUUCUUUGUCAUAUCAAACAAACUCUACAGGCGCUUACGUUUUUUCCAUGACAAACGUACACACUUCGUACGUCUUUGUGCGUCGUCCGUACGACCAACGUGUGUCUUUCGUAGGCUUUCGCUGCUCCUCUGCAUUAAGAGGAGCCAGAUGUGGUGGCUCGGGCAUCUCAUCAGGAUGCCUCCUUGGGGAGGUGUUCGGGGCACGGCCGACCGGUAGGAGGCCUCGGAGAAAACCCCGGAUACGUUGGAGAGACCAUGUCUUUCAACCGG